GAAAGAAUGGAAGAUAUUUGGGAAUAUCUGGUUAAGCUCCAGAAAAUAUCCACGGCGAAUUUCUUACGUGGGUUCCUCAAGCCAAAAUUAACUGAAGACACAAGUGCUGGAACUCGGAAAGAUACAUACCAUGUACUUGCAUAAAAUACAUAAUUUCUCCUAGACAAGGCAGGCAAUGCACAUACUCUGGUGGUAGAUCGUGUUAGAAGAGCUUCCUUUAUGAAUAGCUAUCCCAAUCAUCUUCCCUGCGCAAUUGACGAAACCGUUUCUUAAAGAUACAACUCGCCUUGCUAACACAUUAAAUAUAACGUCCAAUUGAAUUUAAAGUACGAAUGUACUUGGUGUAUAUGGGUACACAGAUCCACCCUCUCCACUCCUGUUCAUUGAUUCUUUGAGCCUCAUCGAACCUUAGCACAAACCGUAAUACAAGCCAUCGGGUCCAAGCAUUGUCAAUCUUUAUCAAUUUCCUAGGCAGCCUCAAAGAAAACAAUAAAAGCCAUAAUGGCAACUCGUCGUAUCAUAUCUACCGAGAAGACCAUCCUCGACAAAGAUGACGAUGACAAUGUUGGUUCUGCCGGCCAACAGUCGAGUAGCACCGCGCCGGCUGUUCCCAUGGAUGUCAUUCUCAAGCUUCUAGCUUUCACCCUUGCCAUGGUAGUGAUGCCAAUUGGCUCCUACUUCUUGACGGUGAACACUGUUUUUAGAGGAAAUUCUACGUAUGCCGGUGGUCUAGCGGCUAUUAUGGCAAAUGUGGUCUUAGUUGGAUACGUGAUCGUAGCUAUGAACGAAGAUCAGUCAGACCAACUCGAAGCAAAGAAGAAGGGGAAUAAGAAAGAGUAGUUGAAGAAGCUCGGAGGCUUGGUUCAAGGCGUUUGCUUAUUGGAACUAACUCGCUGUGGACGAAGAUAAAAGUUGAGAGAGUGUCGGACCAAAAAUGAGAUAUUAGGAUGUUAGGGAAGCGCCGCCACAUACCCCAAAGUCCAAAGGUAUCAUCCAGAAAAUUUGAGGCAUUAUGUCUAGGUGUCUACACAGGUCCAUCGAUGUUAGCGCACUUAGCUAGGCAUGUAGUGUAAGCGCCAUGAUGUACGCAGCAGUUAUCUCCGCAACGAAACCAUUACACUGAGUAAUCGUCCUCCGAACUACCCGUCUAUCCGCUUCUUACAUGUUUAUAUGAGUGUUCACGUCUUAAGACAUCGUCUCACGCGAAUACGAUUCGUGGAUACUUCGUGGGAUUUCAACAAAUCAAAAUGUGCCAACUGGGCGUGACAUUGCUACCUAGCAAAUGGCUAUUUAUCAGAGCCAUCGACGAGUCAA